AUGGAGGAGUGGGUGUGUGUGAGGGCGUGGCCUGCUCUGGUGCUUCUUGCCUCGGCGGUGGCGGUGGCGGCGGAAUCAGGAUCGGGAUCGGGAUCGGGAUCAUGUGCAUUGCCCGAGGCGGCAGCCCCGCUCAAUUGUGGGGGCAUGUGGCGCUGGGACAGCGAAGCAGAGUGCACGGCCCGCGGGUGCUGCUGGCAGCCCUCAAACCAUACCUUGACGUGGUGUUAUUACCCCGACGCGGAGCGUGAACAGAUUGACGACGUUUACGUCGUCCAGGGCUGUCAUUUCGAUGCCGGCUUUGCUGACACCUUGCCUGUCAUUGUGGCAAGAUGGUUCAACGACUUUUUCCCGCUCGCCCGAACUUUGGGUCGCGAACUGCAGGCGCGCAAUGCCUCCGCCUUUAGCCCGCAGCUCAAGUUUACCGCCCAAUCCUGGCUUGUCUGGCUUUAUAUCAACUGCGAGGCCGUUCAGCCUCCUGGCAUUGCUUGCCCCAAUGCCACCGCCAUCGAGGAACUAGAGGAAGCCGUCCGAGCGGGCUACAUCACCUGGCAGGCCUUCCCUCACAAUGCCCAACUGGAGCUGCUCUCGGCCACCAGCCUCGAGCUGGCCGUGCGCCUGACCCAUGAUCUUGAUGACCAUUUCAAUGUCACCCGCAAGACAGUCCUCUCCCAACGCGAUGUUCCGGGCCUCUCCCGCGGCGUUCUCGCGCCCUUGCAAGCCGCUGGGGUGCAGGCCAUUAGUGUAGGCUCCAACGGCGGCUCCACCCCACCCAACGUCCCGCGCGCGUUUCGUUGGCUUGAUCCAGUCACCAAUGCCAGCCUUCUGACCAUGUACCUCAGUGGUGGUUAUGGAGGCAUCAGCCAGUUCAAGCGCUAUCAUGUGCCCACCCGUUUGCCGGGCUCCCGCAAGGCCCUGAUCAUUGCCUGGAACGGCGACAACAGCGGGCCUCUGCCCACCGUGGAUGCCAUCAUACAGCAAUUUGAAGAUGUUCAGGCACAAUUCCCGGGUGCCCGCGUCCGCGUUGCCGCCUUUGAAGAAUAUCUCGAGGCCGUCACCACUGAGGAACCCGCCGUUUUGGCAAACCUGCCCGUCCUCUCCCACGAGCUUGGCGACACAUGGCUGCAUGGUGUUGCCUCAGACCCGCGCAAGCUAGCAAAGAUACACCAGCUGGAUCUGGCGCUGGAGCGCUGCUUGUCCGCCAACACCUGCACCUGGUCCGACCCUGCCGUCCAGCGCUUCUUCCAUGCCUUUUUAAAGGGUGCCGAACACACAUGGGGCCUUGACGUCAAGUCAACGCUGAUAAAUCUUCGGGAAAACUGGAGCAACGUCGAGUUUGAGCAGGCCCGCCACAACCCCGACUACGAACGCUUGGCCGCCUCUUGGGUGCGACAGGACACGUAUGGCGCAGCUUUUGCCCAAAGCGCUGUGGCCAACACUUCACUUGGCGAUGAUGUCGCGCGUCGCUUGGCGGCUUUGGAGCCAGUGUCCGUCGACCCAACCAACUGGACACGCUUGCCGAUCGACAGCGCGGGCCAGUAUCACACAUACAGUGCCCUGGACUACGACGAGUUCUUACUCCAGUACAAUUACAUUGGCCCCUUGUUCAUGCUGGAUGACGGCGAUGACUUCAACAAAAUGGGCAUUGACAAGGCUGGCGCCCAACACCGAGUGGUGAGCCCGCAACUGCAAGCCGCAUACCUGGCACCGAACAAUACAACGCUGCUGGCGCGACUCGUGUGGCCCGCUGAUGUAGUGCGCGAUGCCGGGGCUCCCCUUGUCACUGACAUGCUUUGGCAAGACAGCACCAGUCUGAACUCGUCCGGCGCAGACACCACGUCAGAGCUGGCAUGGACGGUGAUUCACCGCAACAAGACGGCCACGCGACUACCCGAGGCCAUGUUCCUACGCGUUGUGCCAACCGAUGCAAGCGCAACGCGCCUCCGCAAGGUCGCCACGGAGAUCCAAGGGCAGUUGGACGUCGUGGAUGGCGGGGCCUUGCACAACCAUAUUGUGGACCGUGCAGAGGUGCGCCUGGCCAACGGUACGGGCCCCGCCCUCGCACUGGUGUCAGAACAGGCACGCCUCUUGAGCGUCGGGGCCUGUCCCACCCCUUUCCCUGCACCGGUUCGCAAGGCAGAUCUGCCCGAGGCGGGUCGGGAUACGGGCAGCCUUGCAGCCUUGCUGUGGAACAACAUCUGGGGUACCAACUACAUCAUGUGGCUGGACGGUGACCUGCAGUUCAACGGCACCCUUACUGUAUCAGAGAGCUCGUCUAGCGUUUAGUUGUACGACCGGCACACCCGAGCCAUCGGCUGGCUAGCGGAUACAUGCAGCCCGCCUGGACAGGUUGAACCUACCCCAUUUUCUGUCUGUUGCUUUGGUGUGGCGUGGUUUCCUACCGUUUGUCUGUUGGUUGGUUGCCCAGCUUGUCUUUGGGUUGAUUGUGAUGAUGACAGGUGCGCGCAAUUCAAGUCAUAAUU